AUGGAGCAUCCAGCUUUUCUAAUGUGUUAUCCUUCUAACACUCUUCAAGAGAAUACUCUCAACACACCCAUUCUUCAAACUACUUACGAUUCCGAUCAAUAUCAUGAAAACCUUACUCGGGCACUGUUCACAAUCUUUCACAAAGAAAAUCAAAGCGAUCAUGUUGUGAGUUUAAGAGUCAAUUCGUGCCAUUGCAACAAUCAUAUGGGUGUCACAAAUGUUCCGAAGAAAAAUCAACCACAUACUCAUCGUCAUGAUGACAAUCCCUUCAUGAAAGCCAGACUUCGCACUCAAAAGUCAUUGAAAAAGCCAAAAAACAGAGCCUCUACUGCCUCGUCCUCCAACACGCAAGAAGAACAUGUUUAUGUUUGUGGAUACACUUCUUCUGAGAAGGCUGACUCUCAAUCUGUCAUGUUGGAUGAAACCAUUACAAGCAUUACAGCAAGUAUGAGCUUUGCCUUCUUUAUCACCAAUCACGGUUUGGGAUAUUCCAUUGGAAAGAAUUACUAUGGGCAACAAGGUGUUGGAGAUCAAGAACGAGAUGCUCCCGAAAGUGAUUCACUGUUGAAAGAAGUUGUGUUGGUUGGAAAUCAUUCAACAUCUUCAGAGCCCUUAAGAAUUAAAAGUAUUGCAUGCUCCUUAUUUCAUUCCAUGUUAGUGACAGAAUCUGGUGAGCUCUUCUCUACAGGUUAUGGAGUUUUCGGUCAACUAGGUCUUGGGAGUAUUUUAGGACAUAAGAACUCAUUCACCAAAGUUGAAACAUGUGUCAACUCCAAUCAUCAGGUGGUUCCACUUCCAAAAAUUGAAAAAGUGUCACUCGGUGCCUAUCACUCCAUUGUUGCCACACAAUCAAAUGGUUCCAACACUCCAACAUUAUUUUCAUGUGGUUUAAAUAAUACAGGAUGUUGUGGCUUGGGAGAUAAUUGGGAUCGAAUGUCCCUCACAUGCAUUUCCUUCUUUGAAACUAUUUCAGAUCGAGUGGUAAAAAUACAAACAGGAUAUUCACAUACAUUAUUUUUGACCGAGUCAGGAAACUUGUAUGGAUGUGGGCAAAACAAUGAGGGACAGAUUGCAUGCGAUCCAAGAUACACCUCCUCUCUAAACGUUCCUACUCUCAUUAAUCAAGACAUUUCAGGUGUUAAGGUUGCUGAUAUGAGUUGUGGAUUCAGUUGUAGUGUCAUUCUCACCCGAGAUCGAAAAGUCUUUGUGUGUGGUUCCAAUCUACAAGGUGGACUCUAUCUUCCAAGUUUAUCGGAUCGUUUGAGUGUUCUUGCAAAUUUACCUUGGUUUGAAAUGUGGACACAUGAAGACAACAAACCUCCUCUCUCAAUAUUAGAUCGAAAUGAUUAUGUGACCAGAGUUCAUUGUGGUAUUAGUCAUAAUCUUUUUGAAACGGCUCACGGAAAGGUCUACGUGAAUGGAUCCAAUCGAAUGACUCAAUUGGGUCGACCUAAGGAAUCUCUCUUGUUUACAUGUAGACCCAUUGAGAUUGACAUUCCCAAACAUGAGUUGACAAGUCAGUAUGAGAGAAAGUGGUGCAUUGGGCCAUUUAGCAAUUAUACAUUUUGUGUAUUGAGUAGAAAGGAGAAGGAAUUGCAAUACAUGUUAGCAAAUUUGGAAGAGGUAUUGAGAGGAGAAUUCUUUCACGACAUGGAUAUUGUGACCAUUAAAUGUGACAAUGACGCUAGUAUUUACAAAGAUGAGAAGAGCACGAAUUUCAGGGUAACGGGUCCAUCCUCGAGUCAUGCUUAG